CCCUCCAUUUAAGGCCCUCGGAUGCAGACUAAUAGAUAAAAAGGACACGAUAGAACUAUGCAAAGGAGUUGAGGUCCGCGAUAAGCAGCUGUGUCGACUUCGUCAAGAUUUUUGCUUCUACAAACAAUUAAUAGAAGAGAUAAAAUGGCAGUUAGAGUGUCCAGUCUGUUAUGAUAUUAUGGAGAAACCCCAGACGCAUGUUCUUCCUUUGACGCGCGCCAGUUUUGGGAUAUUAGCCGAGACAUUCACACUUGCCAAGCUAUCUGAUAUUGUUAGGGCAUUCAAUCUGCGGUAUCGAGAUAAUAUUGAGCAAAACGUGAUGGAAAUUGAGCAAUGA